UAUAUGUGAUAUUCAAAGCAAUAAACAGUUAAAGAGUGAGACAAACAAUGAAUGAAAUUAUGGAAAAUAACAAACUUUUGGUCAAACAGUUGAUGUGUUUAAUGACAACAAAUGUUAACCAAAUGUCAGAUAAUUUGAUUAAUAAUGAAAUAAUUGAAGAAUCAAUCGUUUACUUAAAGCAAUCCAUUGAAGACUAUAUCAAUUCAUUGUCAUUACAAACAAGUGAUUGUCAAUACAUACUAUUGGAUGAUAUUUAUGAAGACAUGGACACCAAAUGUGAGGCAAUCUUAGACAAGAUGUGGGAAACAAUCAAUUGUUGUGAUUGGAGUCGAGUUGUCGUUGAUAUCAGAUAUUGUUUUGCUUUGGUUUCACUAUUAAAGGCUUUUCUAAAGAUUUGGUCGACAAUGUCAUCAAAUGACAGACAAUUUUGUUUGACUCAGAAAUUAUUGGCUUUAAAAGCAUUAGAUUUCGGACUUUUAAUGAGUCCUAAACUUAAGGAUAAUAUUUUAGCUAAAAUGGCACAAAUCAUACAUAAAGACAUUAGUGAUGACCAACCAUAUAGUGAUAAUUGCAGUGAUAGUCUUAAACGCAAGUUAUAUGCAAAUAAAAAGAUUGACUUUUCUACCAAAAGACAAAACAUCAUCAAUGAUGACAAUAAGGAAGUUAUAAAAGAUAUCAUUAAACUCAAUGAUAAUGAAUGUGAAUUAACAUCACUUUUGCCAUAUUAUAAAAAUAUAAAUAAAAACCAAAUUCAAAGAGUAAACGAUAUAGACUUCAAUACAUUUUGUGAUCAAUAUUUGCGACCGAAACUACCGGUGAUUGUCACGGAUUGUAUGAGUGAUUGGCCAGCAAUGAGUUGUCGAAAGUGGUCUAUAGAUUAUAUUAAGAGAGUUGCCGGAUAUCGAACUGUUCCCAUUGAGAUUGGCAAUAAAUAUACCGAUGAGGAAUGGUCUCAAAAGUUAAUGACUAUCAAUGACUUUAUUGAUAAGUUUAUAAUGAAUUCCUGGUGCAAACCUGUUGGCUAUUUAGCUCAACACAAUCUUUUUGAUCAAAUUGAAGAACUUAUGGCUGAUAUAUCGAUUCCAGACUUUUGCAGUAUUACUGAUGAGGAAUGUGUUGAUGUGGACAUAAAUGCCUGGUUUGGUCCUAAAGGGACUGUUUCACCGUUACAUUACGAUCCCAAAGAUAAUAUAUUUGCACAAAUGAUGGGACAAAAAUAUAUUAGAUUAUACAGCUAUGAGACGCCCCGGGAGGACAUAUAUCCUAAUGAUUGUAGACUUUUGUGUAACACAAGUCAAGUGGACUUAGAAAAUGUUGAUUUGCAAAAGUUUCCUAAUUUUAAUACUUUAGAUAAUUAUUAUGAAUGUAUACUAAAUGAGGGAGAAAUGCUUUUUAUGCCUAAAAAUUAUUGGCAUUUUGUUAAAUCUUUGUCUAAUUGUUUCUCAAUUAGUUUUUGGUGGAAAUAA